AUGGACAGCGUAGAUCUCUCGAAAUGCGUGUGCGAGGCGGGCGCGGUGGAGUGGAUCCGCGACUGGUUUCAGGACUGCGUGUACUCGCGAUGGGACCUGCUCUCCUUCCUGGUCGGCCUCGCCUCCAUCGGCUGCUGGCUCGUCGCGCAGCUGCCGCAGUUCAUUCAGAACAUCCGAGUCGGGUCCGCCGACGCGCUCUCGCCCUGGUUCCUCUUCCAAUGGCUCUCCGGCGAUCUGCUGAACCUGCUGGGCUGUCUGCUGUCGGGCAGCCAGCUCAUCACCCAGACCUUCACGGCCAUCUACUUCAUCUUCGCCGACUGCUGCAUCAUCGCGCAGUAUGUGUACUACCAGCUGAAAAACCGCGACUCGAUCGAGCUGGACGCGGACUGUAUGUCGCGCGCGCCGUCGCAGCAGGACGGCUUCAUCACCGCCGCCGCCUUCUCCUCGCCCUCCGCCGCCCUCCGCCGCCCGCUCCUGUCCGCCAGGCCCGCCGCGCCCGCAGACCACGCGGAUGCCGCCACCAGCACUGAGGCGAUCAGCAGAGCGCUGUCUGUAUUGUCGCCGCCCAGGACGAAGCCACGGCGUGCUGUGGAGGAAAUCCGCGCUUUAGAGAACGAGCUGCCUUAUAGAGCGGUUGAGGCUGGCGGAGUGGCAGCGACAGCAGAGCAUGAGAGUCACAUGCACAGACCAAGGCAGGAGCCGCAGCAUCAACCGCACCGGCACGAGCACCACAACUACCACCCGGUGUCGUUUUUAGCUGGCCGCUCAGGCGCUGUGCUCCUCGCCCACGCCUGGCAAGGCCCCCACCUCCCAUCCGACCCCCGGCCCCCCUCCCUCCCACCCCCCCAAGGCGCAAACGCAUCCAGAGAAGAAGCAGACGUAGCAGGAGAAGCAGACGUGGCAGGAAAAGCAGUGUGCCGGCGGCUCAGUGUUGGUGAGCGGAGAGAGCAAGGCGCAGGAGCGCGGGGGGAUGGGCGAGGCAGGUUGUUACGGAUAGCUGAGGAGGGGGAAGGGCGGGCGGACCUGUUCCCCGUGGCGUCAGACAAUACAGGCGGAAGGGCGGACAGGGCAGGGGUGGCGGGAGCAUGCAGCAGGAGACGUGCGACUGGAGACGAGGCCAGGGGAGCAGAGGGACGCAGGGGCGGGGGGCAGGCGGGGCGAGUGCAGUUCGAGGAGCAAGGGGGAAUGGGCGGGGAGGGCGCGGGCGGCGAGGGGCGCAGGCGCAGGGCGUACAGCGGGCGGGAGGUGCGGCGGGUAGUCGAGCAGUAUGGGCUGGAGCACGGCCCUCCGCUGCUGCACGCCCGCCUCACCAUCCACCACCACCCCCAUGCGCCUGCGCCCAGCCCUGCAGCCCUGAUGGGGGAAGAGAAGGGGCAGGCGGGAGUGGGAGAGGGAGGGAUGGGCGCGGGGCGGGCGGGGCAUGGAGCAGCAGGAGCGGGUGGGGAGGGAGGCGGGCACGGGCGUGAGGGUGGGGCCCCGCGUGGAGAGGGGGGUUACCUGAAGCAGGAGGGGACAGCUGCUAAGGGAGCAGGUGCCUCGGCUGCUGUAGCAGGUGCAGCUGCCACCGUGCCUGGUGCCGUUGGGGGAGGGGCAUCUGAGGGAGGUAGCGCGUCUGGUGGAGGGGCAGCAGGGCCCAGGCCGCAGAAGGCAGGGGCGCUGUCUCUGCUGCUGGGCUCGCUCAUGCUGCUGGCGCUCGCCUCCUCUGCGCUCAGCCCCUCAGAGCAAGGAGAUUCGCUCACAGCACAGCUCAGUGGUGGCGCUGGUCCGUGCAGGGGGGCAAGGUGCAGCAUGGCAUGGUGGGGGACAGGUGAGGUCGAGGCAGCGGCAGGAAGGAAGCUGCUGGCGGUGCAGGCGAGGGAGAGGCAGGCACAGUGGCAUCAGUUGCGGGGGGAGCGGCAUGCGUGGCAGCAGCAGGCGAUGCUGGAGGUUGGGAGAGAGAGGUCUGGCAACAGCACGCUCUGCCUGCUGCAUCCCCAUCACCCCAACUGCCAGCCUGCUGCUGGUGCUGCUGCUGCUGUGCGUGCGGGUGGUGGCAGUGCAGUGAGUGAUGGUGGCAGUUUUGCAGGCAGGGAGGCAGGUGUGGUGCUGCUGCCUCCCGUGCUUCCACUUGCUGGCAGACUGAGCAAGGAGCAGAAGGACGCGGGGGAGAGGGGCGGGAGGGCGAGGGGCAGGGAGGAGGGGGAUGCGGAGAUGGCAGCAUGCAGGGCGGAGAGGAAGCGGCGGAGGAAGGAGCCCAGCAAGUUCAUCCACCAGCUGGGUCUCAUGCUCGGGUGUGUGCAUCCCCCGUUGCAUGACAUCCGUCAUCCAUGGCAUCUUGGCCACUCCAGCAUAUUCUCCACAUACCUCUCCCCCAAACCUCUCGCAGACACCUUUCGUACACACCUCUCCCUUGCACCUCCCCCUCACACCUCUCCCUCACGCCUCUCCCUCACACCUCUCCCUCACACCUCUCCCACACACCUCUCCUUCACGCCUCUCCCUCCCACCUCUCCUUCACACCUCUCCCUCACACCUCUCCAUCACACCCCUCUGUCUCUCCCUCACCAGGUGGGUGUCAGCGGGCUUCUACCUGGGCUCGCGGGUGUCGCAGAUCUGGCAGAACGCGGAGCGCGGGUCAGCAGAGGGGCUGUCCAUGGCCAUGUUUCUCUGCGCCUUCUGUGGCAACCUCACCUACGGCACUGCCAUUCUGCUGCGCGCCCCUUCUCUGUACGCUACUCUGCUGCACGCCGCUUCUCUUCUGCCCGAAACGCUAGUGCAUGCAGAGGGACCUCUGGAAUUGAAGCGUGA